AUGCUGGUGCCUAUGUUGCGAGUGGUAGUCGCAGCUCUGCUCGCUGGGUUUCUCGGUUACCGCGGUCUCAAGAAGCAGUCGCUGGACGUGUCAGGCGCAGCUGCUGCUUGUUUUGUCGGUUUCUUCACGCUCGCGUCCGGCUAUCGCUUUGGUGUCCUGCUCUUGGGCUUCUACUUUUCUGGUAGCAAGCUUACCAAGGUGCGGGCUAGGUUCAAACAGCAGCUGGACGCCAAUUACAAGCCAGGCGGCCAGCGUUCGGCUCGACAGGUGCUGGCAUGCAGUCUCGUGGCCACCCUCCUUGCCGUCUACACUGUCGUCCGAUUCGGACACGACGACGUGAGCAUUGAUUUCCAGACCGCUCCAGAGCGAAGCUUUGUUUUGGCCAGCUACAUUGGUCACUACGCCUGCUGCGCGGCUGACACGUGGGCCUCGGAGCUCGGCGUGCUGAGCAAGAGCGAGCCGAGACUUAUUACGACAGGGAAGCGGGUACCGCGUGGUACUAACGGUGGCGUGUCUGUGCUGGGACUUGCUGUGUCAGCACUAGGAGGAGCUUUUAUCGGAGCUCUGUACUACGCUGCGAGCCUCUUGUCCCGCACGGCGCAACCCCAAGUCGUCACGCUGGGCGUCGUGACCGGUCUCUUUGGCUCCAUGCUGGAUUCAAUCCUUGGCGCGACGGUGCAAGCUACACACUUUGAUCGAGUGACGCGCAAGAUCUGCGAUGACGCACCACAUGUCGAGCAUAUCUGUGGACGCAAGUGGCUGAGUAACGAGCAGGUGAACGUCGUGUCCACGCUGGUGGCUACAGCCAUCAGCGGAGCUCUGGCGACGUAUUUGUUUUAG